AACGCUGACGACAAUGACAUUUGCUAAUAUUUAGGUUAAGAAUGUAUUUUUAGUACUUUUAUAACAAUUUAUUUUAAAAAUAGGGCAAUUAAUACAAUGAAUAACCAUCACAGUGGUGAAACUGAGCAAAUGGCUCCCCCACAAUGUUUGAAAGUGUUUAUUCAAAGAGAUUACAGUGAAGGUACAGUUGUAAAAUUUCAAACCAGAUUUCCUCAAGAAUUGGAGGGCAGGAUAGAACGACCACUGUUUGAACACACAAUUGAUCGUUUGAAUGAGUACUUCCAAGAAGCAGAAAAAGCAACCUGUUCUACUUACUGUGAAGGGUGUCUAGCAUGUCUUACUGCCUAUUUAAUUUAUAUUUGUAAAGAGACUCAUUAUGAAAAGGUGCUGAGAAAAAUAUCAAAAUUCAUCGCAGAACAAAAUGAAAGAGUUUAUCAACCACGAGGUUUAAUAUUGACUGAUCCAAGUAUGAGAGGGUUAAGAGUAAUAGAAAUAAGUUGUCUAGACAGACCUCCAAAUGCAUGACUGACAUUGUCACACUCCACACCGGAGUUCUUCAUGUAAUGACUGUGCAAUUGUAUUUUUAGAAAAUUUUGUACAAAGUUUUAUUUUUCCAUCCAUUUAGUUCAAGUAUUAACUUUUAUAUUUACUCACAGAAAAUGCAUUUAGUGUUUUUCAUCAAUUGUAAAUAAUUGCGAAAAAUAAAUUUAAUUUUUAGCUUUUGUUA